AUGCAGGGCAAGGAGGAGGAUGCGCAGACAACUUUGCUUGUGGUUCGGCACUUAGUUGAUGGGAAGUACCAGAACAAGCUCCCUCUUCCUCCGGUGCCGAAGCUGCUCAAGGCCAUUCCCGGCUUCGAGGGGCUCGCCUUUGGCUUGCAACUUCCCCAGCUCAUCACCAACGAUGUGUUCACAGAGCGGCAGCGCUUCACAACAGGUCGAAAUGCUGCCGAGAAGAAGAUUUUCCGUGAUCCUCCUGGUUUCAAGAGCAAGGAGGAGCUGGCCCAGAAGAUCGGCAAGACCUUCCAGGCUGCAAAGGAGGCCCCUGUGCAUCCUUCAAAGCCGCACUUGCGACCAAAGCGAGUCAUGCAAGUCGUGCCAGAUGUGCAGCUCUGGUCGAACAAGUACGUUCAGGUGGCGUUCGACGAGCAGCCGCGAGGACAAGAAGUCCAGCAAAACGAUCUCCUGCUGAGAUCAGCUCCAGACCCUCGGACGACUUGCUUCAGCCAGUGUCCCAGCAACGCGGAUGGAGAACGAAAUGGCAGCGUGAAGUAUUUGCACCCGGCCGAUGCUUACGACUUUCAGCAGCAGUACUACUGGAGCAACCGGGGUGGCUUUCAACAAGCUGAUGAGCUUGGAGAGGGCAAGGCACAGACCACUGGUUUCGCGGUCCCAGCACGAGCCUUCUCCGACCCACCAGAUCUCACGGUUGUCCUGGCCGUCCCUCGCAUUUCCUCCGAUAACGGGGAGGAACCGGCGCAGCAGGCAAAGUUCAUCAUCGCGCCGACGAGAAUGAUCCUGAACAAGUUGAAGGCGCACCGCCUUGAUAUCGAGGAAGACACCAAGGCCCUGCGGGUGACGGUUCGCCAGCCACCCGAUCUCUCCGCCUCGGCGCUGGACUCGGCGCAGCUGGACUCGGCGCAGCUGGACUCGGCGCAGCUGGAUUCGGCUGAGCCUGUGAACUCUGCAGAGCCUGUGGAGCCAGUUGAGCCAGAGUGA